AGAAGAGUGAGAAUAAAGAGUGAUGGAGAGAUUUAGUUUAUAGCUGCUAUAAAGAAAACGUGAACAGAAUCUAACAGGUUUCACAGACGUCCCACGUCAUUAACUGUAACUUUAAACCGAUCAAACUUAUGGCAUGUAGAGUGUUAAUCAGUCAAAUGACUUCGGGCCACAAACACGUUUUAUUAAUUGUGUUUCUUUCACGUCACAGCGUGCGUUAAACUGUAUAUUUGAUAUUAAAGCAUUGCUGCUUUAAUCAUCCUCAUGCUCCCAUUAAUUAAACUGCAGGAUAACCACAGAACAAUAGGGAAGAAAGGAGCUUUACCCAGUGUGAGAACAAGUCCUACAUUCACCCUCCUUCCACACACACACACACAUACAUAAACACACACACACACACACACACACACACACACACAGAGUAACAGAGAGUACACACCCUUCUCUGGAGAGCGCUUGCUAUCUGGGAUUUUGUGGGAGAAACAUUCAGAUGUUCAGGAGUGGUGGGAAAGAGAGAGAGAGAGAGAAAGAGAGAGAGAGAGACAGAUGUUCUGGUCAUGAGAUAACAUUUUCAGGAGCAUUACAUAAGAAUAGCAGGAUCCAUAGUGUAGCAAAGGAAACGAGGAGAGUUUUUCUGCAGUUGAAUGGUCAUGAUGUCUAGCGCCACAGCUCUGCUCUUCCUCAUCCUGCUGAGUCUUCUAACUUCCACAGUCUGUCUCACCUGCUACAACUGUGCGUAUCCAACUGUCUCUCCACUUGACUGCCAGCCGUACCCCAAGAAAUGUGCUGCAGGUGAACGCUGCCUGUACAGCACUGCCACAGCCAAGAGGGAUUCGACAGAGUAUGUGCUAAAAGAAAAGAGCUGUGCUUCAUCAUCCGUGUGUGGUUUUACCGGACAGAAACAUGUCGCAGGACUUGGCUUCACCGUCACUUCACACUGCUGUGACACUGACCUGUGUAACUCUGCCUCCACGUCCACGUAUGCUGCCCCCUGUUGGAGCCGAACGGCACUGAGUCUCGUCUGCAUGGCACUCAUAAGCCUGCUGGCCUCAGAAUGAAACCACACACACACACACACACACACACACACACUAAACUAUUACCCCAUGAUUCAUGGUUCACUAAUGCUCACUUACGGUAGCCACAAUGACACACACUCUCUUAGUGAUGUAUUGAGUGUAUGUAUGAGUGUUAGUUUGGAUCCUACUCAUCACACACACUAAAUUUAGAUAUAAACCUGAGAUCUGAUGAAAUCUGCAUUUCUCAGUCUCACCGCUUUAAGUGUACAAACCCUCUGUAACUUCCAGGAAGGUUCUAGGAUAAACGAUGCCACUAACGUGUUACUUAUAGAAGGUCCUAUACUGUAUGUUAUAUGUAAACAUGAGUAGCAGCUGAUGUUAAGACUAAUUUCGUUGGAGAUCUUUUCUUGGUGAUUCCCCGACGCGUCCUGAGGGACACGGUAACGUGGGUUCCAUCUUGUUUCCAUGGCCACUGUAUUUUUACAGUGACUUCAUAUAAAGACUCGGUAACUAAGGUGCUAAAAUUUGGUAGAAGCUGUGGAAAUUAUUCCAUCACUCAUGAGUCAUGAGCUCAUAAGUUUAUAGAUAAAUCUCUCUGUAUCUCACUCAGUGCUCUGCUUCAUGUCCCUGUAUAUUAUUUGUUAAUAAAUAAAGAAAUAAAGAAAUAAAUAUAUCCACCAA